AUGAACUCUAGCGCGGAAUGCAGUUUGGAGUCGAAAAUGCGAGGACAAUGCUACGGUUAUUCCAUCUGUGGCUACUGCUACGACUUUGGCGAGACGCGUUCUAUUUCCAAAGAAUACGAGUGGUUCAAUUUGGUGAUUUCUCAUCCGAUUUUUUCAACAGUCAUACUAGGAGUAAAAAUAAAGCUCAAUAAAACUUCAUUUUAUUUUUGGCGACGAAAAAAGUUUUCUCGCAGUUUUUCGAACCAAGCCCUAGUUCUUUUCCUCUACGUAAUCAAAAUGUUAUUCUGAUACCACAAACCGCUGUAAUUGUGAGCAUCGGUUGCUUUUUUCAGCGCACACAUUCAAAAUUAAUCUCUUACUGUAACUUAGUCCCAAUUAAUAUGUAAUAAUGUCCUUUGGCCCGUUGAAAUUCAUGGGUCUUUCAAUCGUCCCAAAAACCAACUCUCAAUUUUCAUAGUUUUUAUUUUCUGCUACGAAAGACUUGGAAAAACAAUGAAAAUUUCAAUGUGUACAUGCAGAAACUGUGAAAUUACUACUUUUCAGAUGAUCAUUGGCGUGAUACUUCCUACCAUUGGCUGCCUUGGUCUCAUUGGGAACUCCCUGUCUGCCUUCACAUACUCGCGCCGAGAAAUGAUUUCCAGCCUCAAUGUGUUGGUUUUAAUAGGAAAAAAAAAUUCAAUUAGGUUUUUUUUCAAAAACGUAUGAAAUUAUCCAAAACUCAAGAGAAAAAGUUUAUUUGAUUCCGAAUCCUACUGGAGAACAUUUUGCACAUCGUUUUCAGGUAUCUUUUCGCAUUGGCUUGCUCGGACAUCGUUAUAAUCCUGACUUCUUUCUUCCUGUUUUUUCUGGAAAACAUGCGAAAAAGAUCUGAAUGGGCAACUUACUACUUUGCUGUGUUAUCUCCCGUGAUGUACCCGAUCGCCCUGACCGCCCAAUCCCUAUCUGUUUUCAUCACUGUCGCCUCCGCAUUUGAUUGUUUCGUUCUCGUUGGAGCAAAGCAAAAGUUCAGAAAACAGUUUUGUUCUGUGCAAACCUCAAUUGUGGUAUGUUUUAGGUUGCAAUAGACCACUUUCUUCUUGGAUAUGAGAGAAUAGUCCAAAAGUAUCUGUUCCAGGUACUUGUGUCAAUUGUUUUGAUCGCUUUCAUAUACAACUCGCCCCAUAUGUUUGAAAUUUAUGUUAUCGACUGCUGGAGCACUAUGUACAAUACAACUUCAAAAGAUGUUUGUCCUACACCUCUGCGGACGAAUCCGGUUAGUUUCAAGUUUCUCUUUUCUGGAAAAAGGUUCAACAAAAGUAAAGAAAACGAAAAAAAAGCUUUAUUCAGUUCGAAAAAAAAGAAUACACCUUUUCACAUUAGCAUAUGAUUUUUUGCACGAAACAACAUUUUUCCAGAGACGUCAGCUGCUUUUUGAGUUUUGAAUAACACAAAAACAAACAGAGAAUGUGGUUAUCCGGUGGAGUUUCCGUGAGGCAUUUCUUAUAAAGCAAUUUUGUAACUGCCAAAACAGCAGCGGAAAACAUAUGGACGACAAAAUCAUGUGAAUUGAAAAUCUUCGUUAUUAGGAAUUGAAAUUUUAUUUUUUUCGCAUAUCUAGUCGUCCAGAUGAAAUCCAGACAGAUGCUUUUUCCUUUAAUUUAGGCGAAAGUUUUUAAUUGAAAAUACCAGGAAGUUGCAAAAGUCUUGAACUGAAAAAAGUGCAAAAUAAUUUCAGGACUACUUGACGAUAUACUACGCGUACAUGUACACAAUCAUGAUGGCGGUAGGUCCAGUGGUCCUUCUGGUGGUCAUCAACACGGCAAUUGUGAUCACCAUGCGGAGAUCCACUCAAGACGGCUGCGAAUCUGAUAUCAUUACUCUGGUUCUUGUCGUCUGUCUCUUUAUUUCCUGCAACAUUCUGGUAAGUAUGCUUCCACCAGUUCGGAUAUUGAGUAAAAAUCUCAUCGAACACAUUGUUUCUACUUAUUGCGUUGCUUUGAGAAACCACGAAAUUAUAUCUUUUUUUGAACUAGACAGCGUUUUUUAGCCCCCGGUUGAGCUUUUGAUGAAAAUUUGCUGAAGUGUGUUUAAAGACCUCUUGAUUUCGGAACAAGAAGAAAGAAGCUCUCGCAAUAAUUUUUUUAAGUUUAUGAUGCUUCAAGUUUUACAAAACACGGGAACUAUGACGAAUUACAAGCUAUUAAAGCAAAAUCUCGAAAAAAAGAUCGAUUGCAAGACAGAUUAUUUUUUGAAAUCAGAAGGUCUUGAAGUACACUUCAACAAAGAUUCAUAAGAAAUUCAAGCGAAGGCUGAAAAGGCUCUCUAGUGAGAGCAUUGAGAAACCAAAACUCAAAUUUUGGAAGAGGGUAAAUACUUUCAAAAUAAGAAAGGCAAUAAAACGAAAAGAAAUGAGUUUUUCACUUUCUUAUCACUUAUGUUUUCAGCCAUUGACUGUAAACCUUUUGGAACUGCUGAUGAGUUUGGUUAAUCCUUACCUCAUCGACUUGUCAAAUCUCAUGGUGGUGGUGAACUCGUCCUGCAACUUUCUCAUAUACUACGCUUUCGGAUCGAAUUUCCGAAGAACUUUGCGACAUUAUCUGACAAAUGCUUGGAAACGACGACGAGCCUCUCUUCUUCAGAACAAUCGGAUGAAAUUAUGUCUUCCCGCUACAGAAGUUCUCAUUUGA